AUGAAUAUAUUUAAAGUAUUAUUGUUUGUGUUCUUGAUACUUAGUGUGACAGCCCAACAACUGAGAGGAAACAAUGAUCAACCGGAUACAUCAUCUGAAGUUAAGAAAUGCUCUUGUGGAUCUGGAAAGACUACAACAGGUGGACAAGGAUAGAACAAAGUUUCAUUGCUUCAAUAUCAGGAAGCUUUAAAGAAAUUACAUGAAGGAAUCAAAGAUGCCUCUACUGAUUUUUAGGCAAAACACAUAUGA